AUCUUUGCUGAAGAUCGAAUUUCAGCCUAGAAAUUAUCAAAUUAUUGUUAAAUUAGUAAAGUAUUGCCGAAAAGUCGAAAGCAUCUAAGAAUAGUUUGCUAGAUGAUACUAGUGGGCACAUAAUAAUAAUGAAUAGUGAGUAUAAGUGAAGACGAUUUGAAAGUGAAUUUUUUCUUCCUGAGUGCUGUGCUAGCCGAAUAGUACCUAUCUAUGUGAAUGAGCAAAGGUUAUUCAAUAACUUCUGGAGUACACCAUCGAAGAUGCUGUGGUAGCGGGGAAGGAAUGGAAAUUUUCUCGCCUGCUGGAAAUUAGGAGUCCAAGGUAAGUUAGUUGCGAGAGAGAGAGUGAGUUUUCAUCCGAGCGAAAAUGAUUCGCCAACAUUUCGAGCAACCGCCUCUGGACUAUCAACAGCAGCAACAACAACAGCAGCACCAGCAACAACUUCAACAUCAUGUACAGCAACAAGCAACUCAACAGCAGCAACAGAUAUCCAAAAUCGUAAGCAGUCCCCCGCCGCAAAUUGUUGGAACAACAAUGUGUGUGGCAAAGCUUCUUGUAGGGCUAGACCACGCCCCUUUGUCUUUUAAUGUGCGACAAAGGAUUAUUGGCGAAGGGGGUACUAACUUGAAUUAUAUACGCUCUGAAACUGGAGCGAUAGUAACUCUUCGUGGCCGUGGUUCACUCGCGAUCGAUCCGCAAACUGGCCAGGAAGCACUGGAACCGUUGCAGUUGUGCAUUGAACAUCCAACUUUGGAAGGGUUCCAACAAGCAAAGCAGCUUGCUAAAAAUUUAAUCGAAACACUGCAGGAAGAACUUAGUUUGUUUCAGGAAAAUAUUGCACCAAAACAAAAUUUUCAGCUGCUUCCUCAGCCAACGCUAGUCCAAACUACUCAGGUGCCUCAAAUGGCACCAAUGAUCCGUGCUCAGCACAUUACACAACCAAAUGGCAUAAUGCACCAACCUCCACCUCCCGUGAUGCAACAGCAAGGAUUCGUGCAACAUCCGCAAAGUCAGCCACCACCACCACAGAUCAUACAACAACCGCCAACGAUAAUACAGUCCCAUGUGCCGGUACAAAUUCAUCAACAACCGAGCAAUGUCGUUAUUUCGCAGAUUCAAACUGCCCCGCAGUUGACCAAUGUGAAUAAUCCGCCUCCGGGGACGCAAAUCCGACCAUCCAUAAUGCAGAUCAAAAACACUCUGCCUCCUCAUCUUUCGCAACCUCCACCUAGCAUGCAAAUUUCUCAACCUGCAGAAGCUCCGCAGCAAAUUCUAGUGAAUCAAGCCCCGCCUUAUCAGGUACAGUACAUUCAGCAAAAUCCUCCAAUUCAAACUAGCAGUGGGCCACAUCCUGCCGGUCAGGUAACGAUUCAACACGUCAUUCAACCACAACCACAGCCAAUUCAGGGAAUAAUGCAAACCACACUGCCUCCACCGCAGUUCGAUCAAUUUCAGCGUCCACCGCAAGGCCAACAGAUUAUUACCGUGCAAGGAAGUGGAGCAUUCAUGGUUCCUCCUCCAAAUAUCGUACAUCAAACGGUUGCUCCACAACCUCCAAACCAAAUAAUCGUUCAAUCGCAACCAAUGAUCACCCAACCGCCUCCCAAUCCCAUGCAUCAGGAGUUGAUUCAACCUGGAAUGCAGCCCCCAAUGGGACCGCCCCCGAUGACGCAGGUUCCAAUGGUGGUCAACGGGGCCGACGACAAAAAACCAGGCGAAAUGCAUUUGAAGCCCGAACAAAUAAAACUCGAAGAAGGUCCGCCACCCGGCACUAUAAUCCAGCAAAUUGCCAAACAAACUGUGAUCCCUGUUUCUUCAAUGCAAAGCAUUACUUUGAGCCAACCGCCACCUCCAAUCAUGUCAGUUCCGCCCCCGACAGUACAGCAUAUCGUUGGAAAUACGAUUAUUACAUCGCAACCGAAUCAUUCCAUCAGUCAUGCUAUUCCGCAACAAAUCUACAGUCAAAUACCGGUCUCGAUUCAAUCUUUUCAACCGCCUCCCCAACAAAUUCAUAUGAAUGGUGGAACACAUUUUGUGGUCAAUACUCCCCAACAGUGGGCACCGAAUGGAACCGCGCCUCCACCGCAAAUCCAGCAAGUUCCGGUUAGCUCUGUUCAAAAUAUUCAAUUCGCUCCACAGCCGAUGCGCAAUCCGAACGAGAUUCAAAUUAUAAGCACACCAGCGAUCAUCAGCGCGGCCGAGUAUCGACCCCCGCAGCAGCAUAUUAUCACAACUAGCUCGUUUAAUCCGCAAAUGCAGCCACCGCAAGGAGUGCAAGUGAUUCACACGGUUCCUCCACCACAUCAGCAGAUAAUAACGAGCAUACCAAGUGCUCAACCACAAAUCAUUGAAGCACCACCACAUCCAGUGCCACCACCACAUCCGGGGCCAACACAUCAAAUCAUUACGACACCGGUUCCCCCACCACCACCCCCAUAUACGACGGUGCAAUACACGACAGCACACCAUGAACCGAAGCAAUCUAUGGACAUGCAACAACAGCAUCAGCAGCAGCAGCAUCAGCAGCAAUUAGCAAUGCGACCGGGACAGAAGCGUAAACAUCCGGAAGAUGAUUCGCACAAAAACAUUCCACCCAAGAUGGGCAUGGGGAUGAAUCUGAACAGCGGCUCGGUGACAGCAAAAAGCACGAUGUCUGCAUCGUCAACGGCAACGGUUACGACGUCGUCGACGUCUGGCGGUCUAAUAACAUCGCAAAUUACUUCAAGCCCUACAGAUGAAAUGCAAAAUCCGGAAAAUGUUGGACCUAAGUCGGGAAACGAGCUGCAGUCCGACGGCGAGCAAUGCGUCGAAGCUUUUGGCGCAAUCGGCGUCGGCAGCAGCAACAACAACAACAACAACAACAACGCCAACGGCAGCAACCACAGCAAUCAUCAUAGCGGAUCGAAGCAGCUGCAGCAACAGUCGACUGGUGGAAACAAUAGGUCACGCGGGUCGUACCGCUGUAACCAACCGUUCUACGUGAACGUUAGUGGUAAUGGACGUAACAAUAACAACGGCAGCUAUCAGCUGAACAGUUAUCAGCGAAAUUUCGAUCCAUCGCCGCAACCCGCACCACCGCCAAAGUGUCGGUGGUAGAUAUUAUUAACUUCCAUUUUAUGGAAUUGUACAUGAGGUUUGGAUGAGAGAUCUUUUCUUGUGUUGUUGAUGAUUUUUAUAUCUGUAAAUUACAUUAGCGAGUUUAACGGCUAGUUCUUGUGCCGAUCAUUUAGCAAACACAUUUGAAUUGCAUCUCAAUCCUGUACUAUAAAAAAAAUGUUUGCAACAAACAAACAGUUUUGGCAAGUUAGAAUGUGUUAUUUAAAAAUAGAUAUUAUU